AUGUGGUCCCACCUCCUGGGCAUCGUCUACUGCGCUUAUGUGGGAGCUACUGCCGUUUGCCAGCAGCAGGCGUGCAGUUGGCUUUUGCUCUUGGUGGCGGCCAGCAGUUAUUGCUUCUCGUGCUCCUUCUGCUUCCACCUCUGCUCCUGCACUGGGGCCACGGUCAGGAGCUGCACGUAUCGGAUGGAUUUGACGGGUAUCGUGGUCUUGAUCGCUGCCUCGUACUUCGCUGGUAUAGCCUUGGGUUUUCGAUGCUAUCCAGCGCUGCGGAGUUUCUACUUGGUGUAUGCUGCGCUGGUCUCCUUAGCCCUGGCUGUGCCCGCCUGA